GGGUUGACACAUUUAGGAGGAAGAAGAAGAAGAAGAAGAAGAAGAAGAAGAAAGGGAAACCAAUAGAAUUUACCCUUAUUGCAUCGGGUUGUUGUGUCUGUUAGCUAACGCGUAACUACUUUGAUCGUGGCUACUUAACCUAUGUGUAUGUGUCCUAUGAGCAGUGGACAAUGUCGACCCGGGCUCUGCGAAGGCUUAAAGGGAAGCAGCGGGGCCAGGAGGCCCUGGACCUCGGGGAUCUAACUUUGGGUGACAGCUCGGAGGAGCAGCUGGACUCGGCUAAUGUUUAUCCUCCGUCUAAUCGCAAAGACAGCAGCCGAAAGGCAAAGAAAAACAAGGCUCAGAAAAACGUCAGCAACAUUUAUGAAUUGAUAGGUGAUGCAGACAAUGAAGCAGAGAACAUCUCACCUGACGAAGAGGCCGAAAAGCCAGAUGGAAAUAAAACAAAUGACUCUGAAAAAAAUGAUAUCAGAGAAACAGAGGAACCAGAUGAAAAGCAAGAGGAAACUUCUACAAAGUCUUUGUCUGGAGACAGAGUUAAAAAGAAAAAGAAAAAGAAAAAGACAAAAAUGACGACAGAAGACGGACAGGAGGCUGUACCAAACGAUAAUAUUGAUUUAUUGCUGCAAAAUCUGGAGCAGUCCAAUGGUCUGAGUUUACAAAAUGAGGAUUGCAGCGGCUCUGACAGAAAAUCCGUGCUACAUGUGGAGCACAGGAACCUCAACCCAGAGACGGAGCUGAAGAGAUAUUUCGGGGCUCGAGCUGUUCAGGGGGAUCAAAGACCUCGACAGAGAAACCGACAGUUUCACCGAAGCACCUGGAUGACAAAUCCUAAGGACAGCUGGCCUCGUUUCAGCCGCCCAGGAAUCUCAAUGACUCUACUGCAGUCAAAGGAAGGCAUUCAGUACUUCACCUUUGAGCACGGUCGGCAGUACCAACAAGUACAGUUCAAGUUCCUGGAUGCUGUCGAGUCCAUGGAUCCCAACAACAUUGUGGCAUUGCUUCAGCUUAACCCCUACCAUAUUGAUUCCUUGCUGCAGCUCUCUGAUGUGUGCCGCAUACAGGAGGAUCAGGAGAUGGCGAGGGACCUCAUCGAGAGGGCCUUGUACAGCUUUGAGUGCGCCUGUCACCCCUUAUUCAGUCUGACGUCAGGUACCAGCAGACUUGAUUACCUGCGUACAGAGAACAGGGCCUUUUAUCUGGCUCUUUAUAAGCACAUGAUGUUCCUGGAAAAGAGAGGAUGCCCACGGACGGCGUUGGAGUACUGCAAACUUAUUCUGAGUUUGGACCCAGAUGCUGACCCGCUUUGCAUGCUCCUGCUCAUUGACUUCCUGACGCUGCGCUCCCGAGAGUACCAGUAUCUCCUCCAGUUACAUCAGGACUUGGAGGUGCACAGAAAUCUGUGCCUGCUGCCAAACUUUGCAUUCUCCACUGCACUUUGUCAUUUCCAUCUCAGUCAGCAGGAAGAUGUGGAUCCUGAAGAAAGUGAGAAAGACAGACAAAAAGCUGACCAGAUGCUGGAGAAAGCUCUCAUCAUGUUCCCCGGAGUCUUGAUUCCCCUACUGGAUCUGUGUACUGUGCAGCCAGAUGCCAGAGUCAGCUCACAUGCCUUUUUUGGCCCAAAGAGCCAGAUUGGGCAGCCCCCAGCCCUGGCUGAACUGACUGCUCUGUAUGUGGGGAGGACUCACAGCAUGUGGAGGGAGACGGCAGUAAUGUUUUGGUUGGAAGCGUCUGUGAAGGAGGUGCUGCGUCGAGUUGAUGCCAAAGACCCGCUGGUAGACGACUGCCAAAACAAAAAGCAGAGGUACAAGUGUGCACCAAGAAACAUCCAUCGCCACGUCCUCCUCUCUGAGAUCAAAGAAGCCACCUCAAGUCUGCCUCUCGAGGUGACCAGUCAGCCUGUGAUGGGCUUUGACCCUCUGCCUCCACUGGACUCGGUGAUGUCGUACAGCCGACCAGAGAGACAGCACGUUGGUGCAACCAAUGAGAGCACAUUGUCGCUGUUUUUCCGGUCUUUGCUGCCAAACUUCAAUCUUCAGGGUGGACUCAGGCAGGAAGAUGACAUGGAAGUUGCUCGAGCUGGACAGGAACUGAACCAGGAAGUGAAUCGUCUAAUGGUGGCAAUGAGGGACAUGCUGGCCAACAUCCGGUUUCAAGAGCCACCAAGAGAGGACAACCCCUACAGAGAUGAGGAGGAGUGGGACUGAGAGGAGGAAGACAGAGGUGGAAAGAAAUAAUGACAUUAAGAAAACUGAACAUUUUGAAUGUGUUGGUGGCUAGUAAUUAAGAAGAGAUGAAGUGAAACAACUGAUUUUUAUUUUUAAAUUAUCACAGUUCUCAGAAAACUUAAGAGGAAGGAAUAUGUGACUUAUAAAAUGAAUCUGGGACAAUCCGGACAGUAUGAACAUUCAGAAAUGUCAGUCAGAAAUCAGAUGUGUUUGUUGAGCUGCAUAUGAAUCUCAAGUUUUUUUCUGUGAUGAACGUUUAGCAGUUCCAACAUCUCCAGUCAUCGUUGGUGAACACAUAAUGCAUUGGGCUCUACUCUGCCUCUGGUUUCUGGCUUUCAGAGAAUUUACUAACAGUGGACUGAUUUAUAAAAUAAGAACCACAUUGAGACGGAUCUUAUUUUAAAUGAAAGUUCUGUAUCACAUUCAAAACUUAGCUCAGCAGCAUUUGCAUAUAUAUAUUGAAACAUAUGCCAAACUUUUUUUAUAAAUACCCUCUCGUCAGACCACAGUACUUUCCUACCAAAUAGUUUGCAAAAAAGUUUAAAAUAUAUAGCAUAAUAAUUACUUGAUUACUAAAAACAACGCUUCACAUUAUUACAUUAUUUUAUAAGAGCAAAGUGUUAUUUCUGGAUCGUUUUCUGAAAUUUCAUUUUCCAUAAACAUAAAUGAGUUUUAGCCUUGUUUCCUGCUAAUUUCUAAAUGGAAACUAUCACAAUGCCGGGAUUCGGUUCUUCUGUUUCAGCCAAUGAAGAGAUGUAUAUUUUGUCGCUUUAGAAAAGCCCAGUCUGAGAUUCUAAUUACAUUUUCUUCUUGCCUGUUUUGGAUUCUUGUGUCAAUCUUAUCUCUGCUGCAGGAUGUCUGCUGUUACUCUGUCAUGUUCACUCGCUCCCGCUCUGUUUGGAAAUCAAUUCCAUAUUUCAGUUUGAGUUGAUAAAACCAAUAAAACAAGAAACCAAUAAAACAGUACAAAGAA